UUCUUUCUUGUGAGCACUUGAGAAGACAACAUCUUUCCUCCUCUUCUUGGUGGUGCCAAUCUGAUGUGGUAGAGAAGAGCAGGAGAAGGAGCAAGAGGAGGAUGAGGCUGGAGCGGUCCUUGCCUCUCCUGGGCCUGCUGCUGUGUGGGGCUGGCACCAUGGCUCAGGAGGAUGAUAAUGAAGCACAGGCAGAAUUCCUGGUGGAGAUUUCUGGAACCACAGUGACCAUCACUUGUCCCUUGGCUGAGGACACAACCACCUGGGAGCUCUCUGGGUCACCUGCAGGCAGCCCUGGGGAGAAGUACAUCAUAGAGACCCACGACAGCUCUCCCCUCAACGUGAGCUGUUCCUCGGCUGGGCAGAAGUACCAAAUGUACCUGAAUGCCAGAGUGUGUGCCAACUGUGAGGAGCUGGAUGCUUUGGCAGUGACAGGGAUCAUCACUGCAGAUCUCCUCAUCACUCUUGGAGUGCUGAUCCUGGUCUAUUACUGCAGCAGAGACAGGAAGGGGAGAGGCAGCACCAGCCCUGCCAGCCGGCAGCGAGGUCAGAAGCUGCAGCGUCCUCCCCCCAUCCCAAACCCAGACUAUGAGCCCAUCCGGAAGGGCCAGCGGGAGGUGUACGCAGGUCUCCAGCCCAGGGCCUUCUGAGCUGCCCAGGGAGGGCAGGCUGGCACCAGGAGGGGCCAGGAGCUUCUGCCCAGCUCCAGAGUGACUUCCCUGCAUGCCCUGCCAGAAGGCAUUUUGGGGUGAGUUCUGCAAGCAAGUCCUGGUUUGUGUCUCCUCUACAUCUAAAAGCAGCAAUAAAAUGGGAGCCAAC